AACACCAACUCUGUGUCUUGGAAUUCUAUUCUCUCUCUCAGACCGUUGGCAGAGAACUUCAUCAUGUGUAAAGUCCACAAUGGAGAGAUUAGUUGGUUUUGGUACGACAGAUGGACACCAUUUGGCCAACUCAUCAAAUUUUUAGGACCGAAUGGACCAAGAGACCUGAGAGUGCUGAUAUCAGCGCAUGUCAAAGAUGCAACAACAGCUUCGGGUUGUCUCUCGCCUCAACCUCACUCUGAAAACGCCUUACAGAUUCAUAUUCAUCUUACUACCGUCACCGGCCCGCUGCAACUCAGUGACCAGAAUUCAUACCAUUGGGUUAUUGAUGGUAAUGAUAGAAAGGUCUUCAUCAAGAAGUUGAAAGGUCCUUAGACUGAUCCAAAUCAAUCUUGUUCUCUGGCGCUAUCCCAUGACAAGCUUUCAUCAUGUGGCUUGCUAAUCUGAACAGGUUGCCAACUAAAGUGAGGAUGUCUUCUUGGGGCCUCAACGUUCAAACUGCCUGUUGUUUCUGCAACAAUCAUGAAAAGUCAAGAGACCACUUGCUCCUUUCCUGUUCUUACACCGCAUCACUUUGGAGGUCGAUCUUCGCUCGUCUUGACCGUCACCACACUCCCUUCAUCUCAUGGAGGGAGCUCAUGUCAUGAAUCAGAGUUUCUGGUACUUCAGCGCCGUCCACCAUUAAGAAGCUGGCACUUAAUCACUGCUUUACAACACAUGGAGACAACGCAACUCAGCCAUCCACCUCAACGGACUCACCCCACUGCAGACGACGUUCAACCUCAUCGACAGGGACAUCCGCAACGUUAUCAAUGUGAGAAGACGUAGGAGAAAAUUCGCUUCUCUUAUGCAGCUUUGGAUUCAAUGAACAUGUUCAUUGAUUUAAUCAUGUGUGUUUUUUAUUUUCUUUUUGCCAAGGUUUCACAAAAAUAGGAUUUAUUCUAAUGAUACUUACAGUUUAACAAAAAAAAAAAUGUGUGAAAAUAUCAAAAAAAAAUAUCUUUAAAAAUGGAGGAACAAUAAUUCAUGAGCCCGAAAUUAAAAGGUUUAAAGGGAAAACUUCGUAACUAUAUGGGACAACUAGGAAGCUGAAGAUUGUAAGGAUCUAGGGAGAAUACUUCACCCUUGGUUCACGUAGUAUUUUUUCCAAAAGAACAAAACCAAAAACUGAAGGAAAGAAAGAAAAGAAUAAAGGGGCAUCGAAAAUGGCGCAAAUAAGAAUAUAAACCACACAAGAUAAGCUAAGCGUGACGAUUGACGAAGACAGUUUCUUUGACACAUACUAAGAGCACCAUUAUCCUUAGAGCACCUUUAUCCUGGAUUCUUAGCCCAACCCUUACAUUAAAUCUAAUUAAAAAAAAUGAAGGAAAAGACAGAAGCCCAAGACUCGCCCCUUGCGCAAGGCCUGGAAAGCCCGUCCCUUAGUGACAGGUGUCACGAAACGAGAGGAUGGAGGAAUCGGUUACGCGCCUCUCGCGAUCAACUCUCUCUCUCUCUCUCUCUCUCUCUCUCUCUCUCUCUCUCUCUCUCUCUCUCUCUCUCUCUCUCGAAAGCUCUGUUCGACGAAAGGCGAUUCGACGUCUCCUUCGGUGACUCUUCUCGGUGGCGUCUCCUUCGGUGUCUCUCAUCGGCGGCGGCGUCUCCGGUGACUCUUCUCGGCGACCUCUCUCUCUGUGGUCCUCCUCGACGCGUCGGAGCUCUCUCUGGGUGUCUCUCUUGAAAUCGAAAGGUAAGCGGUUGUUGUGUUCUUGAAUAUGCAUGUCUUUGAUUAUGUCUGAUCUUUUGUUUUUAUAUGUAUUUUGUUGGUUAUCUCUCUCCGUGGGACUUCUCCUCCAAGCUUUCCCUCGGUGGCUCAAAUCGAAGCUUUCACCUCAGAUCGAAAGUUGACAGAUAGAAGGAUCAAAGUUCAUAGAGCAAAGGUUCAAACAAUUGCGGAGUUCACGGCAUAAAAAGGGGAUCAAGUGACACACAGCCACAAAUGGAACCAAGAAAGCGGAUUGUUUGUGGCCUCUCAGCAAGAGGAAUCAUACCGCCACUCUCAGAAGAAGAUAGAGAUGAUGAUGUUGCGCCUCUCCCACAAGAAGAUCCAGUCGAAGUGGUGGAUAUAUCAGAUGAAGAAGAAGAAGAUAUUGUGGAGUUAUCACGCGAAGAAUACAGGAGUAAUAUGGGAUACUUCAUUAGGGUGGAGGAAUCAGAAGAUGACAUUGAACCAGGGGUUAGGAGGAUGCUUGAAAGGAUGCAGGAGGAAGAGAUGAAGCUGAGAGAGGAGAAGUUCAAAGUGUUGAAGUCGGGAAUCAAGCAAGAGAAAGGACAAUCCUCUAAGGAUGAUGGUAACAAGAGGAAGGGAAGAAAGUGAGUGUCUCGUGACAGAUCAGUCUGUUGAGUGUCUUGUAGUGUCGGACAAGGUCAGUCUGUUGGUGUGUCUUGUAGUGUCAACGCUUUGUGUCACGGAUCAUGUACUCUUGUGUGUUUGUACUCUUGCAUCUUUGUACUCUUGCAUCAUGUGACUUCUCUUGCAUCAUGUGACUUCUAUAAUUGUACUUUUGUUUUAUGUGUUUUGUUAUCUUGCAUCAUGUGACUUGCUAUCUCUAUAUAUCUCUCUACGUAAACCAAACAAACUCAUCAUCUCAUCUUUAAUCACAAAGCAACGAGAGUUACGAAAGCAACAACUCUCUAUAUCACUCUCAUCAACUCAUCUUUCUCUCUCGAUAGCAUUCAUCUCACUAUAUAACUCUUCUAUCUCCAAACCAAAGCAACAUCGUUUAAACUCUUCUUUUCUCUAUUUUCUCAAACUCAAUUUUAUUUAUACUAAAUUCUUCUUCUUUCUAUUUUCUCUCUUUUAUCACUAGUUUAUAAACCUCUUUAAUCACAAAAAAUGGCUUCUUCUUCUGAAAACAAUUUAGAUGAAGCUUUUGAUGAUGCUUUUGAUGAUGCAUUUGAUGAAGCCUUUGAUCAACAUUUUGAUCAAACCUUUCAAGAGUUUACCAUUCAAAGUGAUCCAACACCGGCUGAUCUUCAACGUCUACUUGAUGUGGGAGAGCGUCGUGGGUUUCCCGGGAUGAUAGGAAGCAUCGAUUGUAUGCACUGGGAGUGGAAGAAUUGUCCCACCGCUUGGAAAGGGCAAUAUUCUCGUGGUUCGGGUAAACCAACAAUCGUUUUAGAGGCGGUCGCUUCAUACGAUCUCUGGAUAUGGCAUGCAUUUUUUGGACCUCCAGGUACAUUAAAUGAUAUCAAUGUUCUUGACCGUUCUCCCGUUUUUGAUGACAUAAUAAACGGUAAAGCCCCGAAUGUCACUUACUAUGUCAAUGGAAGAGAGUUCCAUAUGGCUUACUAUCUCACCGAUGGUAUAUAUCCGAAAUGGGCAACUUUUAUCCAAUCUAUUUCUAUGCCACAAGGGCCGAAGGCAGUUUUAUUUGCUCAACGGCAAGAAGCCAUCCGAAAAGAUGUCGAGCGUGCUUUUAGAGUCUUGCAAGCGCGCUUUGCGAUUAUUAAAAAUCCGGCGCUGUUUUGGGAUAAAGUCAAAAUUGGGAAGAUUAUGAGAGCAUGUAUCAUACUCCAUAAUAUGAUAGUUGAAGAUGAACGAGACGGAUACAGUCUAGUUGAUGUUUCAGAGUUCCAACACGGAGAAGACCACGGGAAUUCACAUGUUGAUUACACGUAUUCUACAGAUAUCCCUUCAAACAUCACAAAUAUGAUGGACGCUCGUUCAAGAAUUCGAAAUAGGCAAAUGCAUCAACAACUAAAAGAUGAUUUGGUCGAACAUAUAUGGCGUAGAUUUGGACAUGGUGACGACAACAACUGAUCUCGAAUGCUUUUUUCGAAUAAUUAUCGUUAUUUUAAUAAUCUUUGUUUUCAUGUUUUUAUUUACAAAUCCAUGUUUAAAAUGUAAUAUUUUAAAUGUUUUAUUUAAUAAAAAAUUUAAAAUACAAAAAUAUUAA